AUGUCUUGCAUACGGCAAACAUUUGUCUUCAUAGUGAUUUCGGUUUUUGUCAAAGGAUUUGAUUGUAAAUAUGAAAAGAUUGCACAUGGCACUGCAGUUGAUGCAAAUGAUUUUCCGUACUUAGUGAGAAUAAAUGUAGUUAAUAGAGGAUUUAUUUGUGGAGGAACUAUGUUCACUUCUAAAUGUGUUUUAACUGCGGCACAUUGUUUGAUAGGUACUGCUGCAACAUAUGAAUCACCGCAUGUGCAAAUCGUUGAUGUUAAUUACGAACGUGUACACUGGUGGAAUAGAGCUACUAUUGUAGGAUGGGGUUUCACCGAAAAAAAUAGAACGCAUGAUGUCUUACGUGCAGCAGAUGUAUAUGCAGUUAGAUGUAGCAGCUAUUUUUCAUAUGAAGAAACCCGACAUAUGUUAUGCCUAACAGGAAAUUUUGGACAAGAUGCUUGUGCAGGUGAUUCCGGUGGCCCAGUUAUGCGCAAAGGUAAACAAGUGGGUGUAGUUUCCAUAGGAUUGAACUGCGGUUUAGGACUACCAGGAGCUUAUACACGUUUAAAAAUAAUACGCAUCGAGUUUGAGAAUCAUGAAAGUAGGAGCUCUAAACUAAUGGUUUAUAUUCCGGGCAAUACACAAGUCUUGUGGAAUUCAAAUUUUCACAUGCACGCUCUAACAUUGGCAAGAGAUAUGCAGAAUUUGGCUACACAGCUUGGUAUACCCAAGAGCGAAGAUGCUACCAGUAAGAACAAAACAAAGAAGAGUAUAAUCAUUGAAGUAUCGGCUGAGCGUAGCUCUAUAUUUGAGCUUAAACUAUCAGAUCGUCAUAGUAUGCAAUUGUUUUUCGAGAAUUUAUUCUUUAGGCAUAAGGAUGACAAUUUCAUCUCGGCUGAGAAUAUUUUUAUCAAAAUUGAUGAUCAGCACAUAUUUACUCUAAAAGACGUAGAUGUUCAUUCGUUGCCAAAGCUGGAUAUGUUAACACUUGCACGUGUCAAUUGUGAAGGGUUUUUGUUACCAUGCAAUAAGGUAUGGGUGACUACAAUCGGAGUGUUUAAGGCAAUAUUUCCCUAUGACCAUGACUUUUAUGAUGCCAUCAACAACCAAUUCGUUUCUCACUUUAAGUGGCUAAAAAUGGUACACAAUUAUAAGAAGAAACCAUUCACAGCGAGUUCACCAUUGCCAAGUGACUUAGUAAUACAGAUUAAAGAAUUCUUACUUGAAAUUAGCGAUGAUCCAUUUGAAGUGAAAUUACGUGAUAAUUACGUUUUGUUGUUAGAUGAGUAUUUGGAGAGUUUGAAACGUAGAGCUCUUUUCGAUAAAAAAAUUGCCGAGCGUUGCUCAGAAAGACUUUUGGUACCUGCUGGUACUAUUGAGAGUCUUCUCGCAAAUUUAGUCAAAAAGAAUUCAGAGAUUUAUAUACAACGGUCUAAAAAAAUCAAUGAGAAAGGACCUGUGCGAACGCGUCUUCUAGCUUGGAUAAUGACUGAUGUGGAGAUUAUGGCAAUGGCUGAUCCCUCAAUACAUGGUACAGAAAAUGUAACGCGUAUUAUGCGUGAUAUAGACUCUGAAAGUCCAUGGCCGGAGGAGGGCUUAGAAUUCACAACACUGUGGUGCAGAAGUAUCAACGUUAGUUGCUCUGAAUGGAAAUUCAUGUUAAGAGAUUUUCCGCAGCCUAUGUUCUAUGUAAAAGCAAUGCGUCUUUAUGGCAAUUUGUGUGGUGCUGAACAGGUUGCAUACAAACGAGCUAAACGUGAUGUUUUAAUAGAAGUUGGUCAUCCUUUUGAAACCGAUGUUGUGCAGCGCAGCAUGACGUCAUUAAAGUUUUACCAUGACUUUGAUUGCGAGUUGGAGUGUUGUAGUUAUGCUUUUGGCCCUUGCUGGGAGCCUGUGAUGGCGCAAUGUAAUCUUAGUUUUGAAAAAAUUUCUGCACCGUCUAAAGAUCCAAGUCCAGCACUACCGUUUUGGGAUAAAAUGCGUUUACUGUUUCAUGGUCGCUUGACGAUGAUUGUGAAGCAAUUUACAGUAUUACUGCAUGCUUCACUUGAUCCCUACAAUACAACUGAAGAAAUGGAACUAACGUGGAACAAUGCUGGUAUUGUUUGGACAAAUGCAAAAAUUAUGUUUAAAGGCGAGCUUAAUGUAACUGUGCGCACAGCUUCACGCUAUGAUGAUUGCCGUUUAUUACAUUUUCCUAAUUUAAAACUUACAUUUAAAUUGAAUUGGGUUUGUUUGGCUAAUCCCAACGAUCAUCAUGCAGUUAUGCCAUGUGCACCUGACAAGUUGCCUGAAUAUUCUAGCAAUCAAGAACAUGAUUCUUUUCGCGCAUUCCGCUCUCUCAAUUUGAAUAUUUGGAUAUCAUUUGAGACCAAACCAAUUCCAGGUGAUGAAGUUGAACUCGAUAUACCUAGUUUAUUAUUAUAUGGAAGUACUUUACGUUGGUUUGAGAGUCUGAAACUUAUCUUAUCGGGUGUUACUCGACCGACUAGGCGUGGUCCUGUUUUUAAUAAUGUGCGUCCACGCAAAAAGCAACUAAGUCGGCAUUAUAAAAAAGCCAAUUUGCAAAUGAGUUUACAUCGCUUUCAAGUUUUGUACUGGAUGUCACAUGCUUUGCAUAAGGGAUUUCAGUUAAAUGGUGGACGAGUUUCGUUUAGUUCAGAAUAUAGUCUAUCACUUUCUCCCAUUGAGGAUGGAUUAAUUCAUAGAGAUCGUGCAGAUUGGUCUACUGUGUAUAUGAAUUGUGAACUAAAUGAUGCAGAAAUAUGGUUAAAGAGCAUACUAACGGAGAAACUAGACAGUAGUUCUGAAAAUCUUGCUGCAGAUGCAUUCAAAAUUGUACGUUUUUACUUCUUAAGCGUAGCUAAAGUAUCUUACGGACGUGAAGCUGCUUUGUAUACAACAACUAACGAAGAGGAAGCGAAAACAAAAACUUCAACGCCUACACAUAAAUUAGUGGUUUACGAUUUGAAAGGUGCUUGGACAAAAAAUAAUCGAGACGUUGCUUUUGCACUUUUUGAUUCUUUUAUGAAGUCACAAAAACUAAAGAAUAAUCUUUCGACCGAAGCGGUGAAGAGCUAUCGAAAAGAAGGAGCAUCGUCUUUCAUAAAAAAUAAACGUAGCGAUAGCACAAUAACUUUAGCUAAUAACACAGCCGAAGGAAUACCCAUGGCUGCUGGUAAUGCAACUUUGAAGAAACCUCAACCCGCUAGUCAUGCAACUGCAAUGUUGCAGCAAUUGAUUGCAGAGGCAGAUCAUAAAUUUAAUGUUUACAGUGAUGAUCAAAAUACGCAAUCACGCGAAUUGCAAUUACAGGGCUUACAGGCUUGUUGUGCACUCGACGUCAUACACGAAAACUGGUCAAUAUCACUGGUGAAUUCUCAGGUACUCUUAAAAGGCUGUGAAACCUCAGGUUAUGUUAUAAUUAGUGCUGCGAAAGCAGAAAUUUUGCAACGUGUGCAUCGACCUGUAUGGCGUGAUAGAUCUUUGAUAUCAAAGACAACUUGGAAGGGUCUCUUGGAAUGCAUGCAGUACUACGCCACUGUUAGCGCUGGCGAAAACGAUUCAUUAUUAGAAAAAGAGAUUAUGUGGUUGACUGUAGAUAAUAUACAAGAUAAAGAUGAUACUGUUAUACAUGAUUUGCCGGAUAUACCGCACUUGGUGGGUAGUGGACGAAGUGUGGGUGGUGUUGUCUCAGAAACUGUGGGUGCUGCGUCAAUUGAACAUCCUGGUGAAACGCAACCAGUGCAAUUGCAACGUAUUGUAUCACGUUGUAAAUGUGAAUUUUUUUAUGUUAGCUAUGGUGACACUAUUGAUCCUAAUUCCAUAACUGAAGUGCCACCACCGCCAUCUGAAGAAACGCUUUCACCUUGGGAGAAACAGGAUGAUCCUGUAGAUGCCUUUACGCUUAUGCAUCAUGAUUUAGAUGUGUGUACGAACUCACUUCAGUAUGCUAUGAUAUUGGAUAUUGUUAACAAUUUAUUACUUUAUGUGGAACCACAACGCAAGCAAGCGCUGGAAAAACUCGCAAGAAUGCGCUUUCAAUUACAACUGCAUUCAAGUGAAGAUCAAAAACGCCCCAUACAACAAAAACAAACACUUAUACGUAGUUUGUUAAUGAAAAUACGUUCACUGGAGAAAGAUAUACAUUUGAUCAGUAAAGAACGCGCUGAAGAGGGCGAUACACUGGAGUUAAAGCUUGAAUUUGAAAGGGUGCAAAAACAAAUACGAGAAAGUAAAGAGGAGUUGAAUACAUUAAGUGAAGAAAUAGACAUGAUGUUACUCUGUUACAAAGAGACCCAACUAUCUCAACUUAGUAAAAUAUCAAAUGUACGUGCUGAUAAAUCUCUAACAAUUGUACGUGCAAAUGAAAUUUGUUUUAAGCGCGCUCAAUGGCGUCUAACUGAAACUGAUGGACAGAUCGGUAUUGCCGAUCUGGUGCUUAGUGGUUUCUUGUAUACCAAAAAAUCGAAAAGCGAUGACUCAGUGGAACAUUUACUAGAAUUAGGAAAUAUACGCAUGAGUAAUUUAAUACCACGUGAAAUAUAUCGUGAAGUCAUAAUGCCAACAGAAAUACAAAAGGAUAUGCCAGUGGAUACGCAUAAACGUGUGUUGCGCAUAUUUUGUCGCGAAAAACCACCUGUAGGUGGAAUAUCGGUAAAGGAACAUUUUGAGAUUAAUGUGGCGCCUAUUACUAUAGCAAUAACUAAGAAGUUUUACAGCACAAUGUUAAAAUUUUGUUUUCCUGAUCGCGACGCUCUAGAAACUGAAACAAAUGAUGAUAUUGAAGAGAAUUCCUCCGGUUCCUCUACCUCUUCUAGUGUGCAGUCUAAAUCGGCUAAAAAGACUGCGAAAGCAAAAAAAAGUUCCAAAGACUCAGAGUUUUAUGUAAAAAUAGAAAAGGAUGAUGUGGAAAAAAUGAAGGAACGCGCCGAGAAGAACAAAUUGUUUAUAUAUAUUAAAAUACCUGAGGUACCUGUGCGUGUCAGUUAUAAGGGAAAUAAAGAAAAAAAUCUCGAAGAUAUAACCGAUUUUUCGCUAACAAUACCAACAUUGGAGUACCAUAACGUUACGUGGACUUGGUUAGAUUUAUUAUUGGCUAUGAAAUCUGUCAGUAGGCGUGUUAUCUUAUCUCAGGCUAUUAAACAGAAAUUACAAAUACACCGGCGACAACCGAAUACUCUAGCAGGAGAACGUACCUCACCACAAGAAGAAGAUAAAGCAAGAAUGCUUUUUGGUAAUCGCUUAGCGAGUGAAAAUCGCAGCCAAAGAAAGGGAGUUUUUAAAUUUGCUUCAAGCAACAAAUGACGUCAAAACUAACACUGAAUUUAUUUAAAAUACUAAAGGAAAUUAUAUGAAAUUAAAGUAUUAUUUAUAUAUAACAAAAAAGUGGUCAA